AUGACACCCAGCAGCUCUUCCUCAAGCUCCACCCACACCCAACCAGCAGUCCUGCCCUCGAACCGCUGCCCAUCUGCCCCAGCUACAUCCGACGGCGGAUCCAGCGCCUCUUCUAAACUCUCCUGGCCGACACCAAGUGCACUCUGUGCCAGGAACACCCCCACUAACAGUGCCGGCAAACAACCUCAGACUGCCAGCCAUCCCCUCCCAAUCUACAGGACCACCUACCACCCAAUCUCGCUCACGCUCUCCUCGUUCUCGCCCGUCAAGCCGCUCCACCACACCGGCGACAUCGCCAGCUCUUCCAUAUGCUCCUUCCCCCCGCCCUGCACCACCAAGCCGCUCUUCCCGCCGCCCUCCUACGACGGCGGAGCAAACCUCUGCCAGCCCAGACUCCUCCACCCAUUCAAUCCCGUUCAACCAGGCUUGUCAGUCGCCUAG